AUGGUACCGUCAUCAGCUAACGAAGAAAAGGUGACAUUUAUUUUGUUAUUUUCUCGUAAUCGUUCGUCAUGUGACGUUCCCUAUUUAAUGGCACAACGAGAUAAACAUAUCUAUCCGACAUUAAUGACAGCAACAUUCUAUUUUAUGCGUGAUCUGAUUGAUUACAGAGCCAUUUCACUUGACAAUUGUGUGUAUAUUAUCGGAGGUCGAUAUGCGUCGACUGGUCGUCUUUCAAAUGCUGUUUUUAAAUACGACGCGCAUAUAGAUUUCUGGCGAGGAUGUGAGCCGAUGAACGCUAAUUUCGCAGUUACUAUAUUUGACUCGAAAAUUUAUGUACUCGGCGGCGAAGGCCCAAAAGGUAUUAUUGUUCAAUCCGUUGAAGUAUACGAUCCGAUUGUAAACAAAUGGAAAGAAGCAGGCACAUUCGUGAAACCAAAACGCUAUCAUGCAGCACUUGCAAUGCAUGGUAAACUCUGGUCCUCCGGCGGCGCAAAUUCCUUGAUUGAAGCUAAAUCAACGGGUGAACUGAUUCUUGUCGAUCCUCAACCAAAUGAAUGGAAACGAUCAAUAACAAACCAUACGUUACCUGUUGCAUGUCAACAACAUUGUAUGACAGUUAUUAAUAAUAAUAUUGUACUUUUUGGAGGCUGUCAAAAAAAUGGUGACGAAGCUAACAACAUUCACACAAUUGCUCGUGCUAUUAAUCAAUCGUCUGAAAGUACACCAGAGUGGGAAGAACUUGAUAUUCAAUUAGAACACCCCCGUACAGAUUGUGGUUAUUUUCAAUUAGGUAAAAUAACAACAGAAGAAACACUUUUGUUCGAAGAGAAAAAAAAGCAACUCUCGUCUGUCGUUCUCACCUUUCAGUAA